AUGGGACUGCCAGAGCUUGCAUCACAUGCCAGCUCUGCUCAGCAAAAUGGGCACAAGGGCACUGACGUGUUUGCCAGCGCAAGCGAGUUUGACUCCACACUCGAAAAAUUGUCCCCUCACCUGCUGGCUCGGCUGAGUCUGCACCCUGGGGGAAUGGCAGGGAGGGCAGGGGGCGGAAGAUCGCCGGGCACGCCGGGCAGCAGCAGCAGCUGCGCAGGAUCGCCGUCGGAGACCGCGUCCAGCGGCAGCCGCCAGCCUGGCUCCGACCGGCACAGGCGCCGGGGCAACCGGUCAUGGGCGAAGCAGGCACCCUUGCCCGAUUUGGUCGCACCCCCCGGGCUGACCCCCCCUUCCCGCUCCAGUGUGGGGAGCCUGCCCAGUCCCCCCUACUCUGCUGACGUCGAACGAGCCUUCCGCCAGCGGGGCAACACAGUCAACAAAUCUUUCAGCCGGCCGCGCAGCGCAGAGAGCACCCCGGGAUCCACGCCGUCAAGGGGCGUGCCGCUCCCGCCGUCCCACGAGUCGCCUCCCUCAGCGUCCAGUCAGCCCUGGGAAACUGUGUCCCCCAAGCCCCCGGGAUCCCACCCUCGCCCCUCCUCCAGCCGCCUCAACAGGCAGCACCAGCCCAGGAAGCUUCUCCUGAGCGACGCCGGGCAGCGCCUGCUGCGCGCCGGCCAGCGCGGCGGCUCCGAGGCCGGCUCCGAGGAGGGCGCGCCGUCGCAGACUCGCGCUCACCCCACUUCCAACGCAUCCGCCACGUCAUCACCCAUAAGGGAAACAAACGCUGCCGCUGCAUGUGCUGCAGCAUCAGAGUAUCUGAGUCCACUAACAGCGGCCGGCAAAUGCAAUGGUAGUAAGUCCCCGCGGUCAGAAGAGAUCCAUGCGAGUGCCGGCCCGGACGCUGCCGGGCGGCCGCCGCCGGCGACCGCUGCCGCGGCCGCUGCGCCCCCGGGAGAGGGGUCGCGCGCGGAGGAGAGCGGCGAGGAUGCGCAGAGAAGGCUCGAGCGGCUGCGGACGGAGAAGGAGCUGGCGGAUGACCUGGCGACGCAGAUGGCGAUGCAGGCGCAGCAAUUAGUCGCCGAGCGCGCUGACAUGGCGGCCCGCAAUGCUGAGCUGGCACGCGAGAACGCGCAGGCAAGCAGACAUAAUAAUCUAUUGCCUUCAACUGCCUUCCUCUUUAUCUGCUUAUUGCCUCUCUGCCUAAUGGCGCGGCUGGAGUUCCUGGAAGCUUCGCGCGGCGCCGCGGCGGACGGAGGGAACGCGGCGGAGGACGGGGACGCGCAGCAGCCAGAGCAGCAGGCGCUCGAAGAAGAGCUGGGGUUCCUGCACGACCUGCUGCAGCGGGCCGAGGAAGAGAAAGCUCUGCUGGAAUGGCAGCUGCAGCAGCAAGCAGUCACUUUGGCUCACCCGCCGGACUCUGAAGGUCAUGGACUUGGGGGCUGA